UCGCUCCCCAGAGAGAGACAGUGAAGGGGAAGAGGCUGGGACUCUACUACUUGCUACUUGUUGUUGCCUGCCUCAAGAAGCGUGAGUGGUUAUCCAGCUCGCAGACGCCGGUUUAAAUAACUUAACAUAAUAACGUAAUCUUAACUCUUGAUUCAAACUAACUAUGAAAGGGGCUAAGUUUAUUUCUUAAGAGGAAAAAAGUACUUCUGAAGUGAAUACAAGGACACUGGGUUGACAGAUCUAACCUGCAGCUUGGCCUAACCUGCUUUCCCUCAUGGAGCUAGAUACUUUUAAUGCCAUGCUGUGGAACCUGUCAGGAUAAACCAUAUCGUAGAAGACAAAAGAGUUGAGGAUGAUGGCCGAAGGGCGUUUUGCCAGUCUGCCCCGCUCCCUGCACCACCCCUCUCUGGGAGGAGGGGGGGCCCACACUCCUCUGACCGGACCCUCGUACUCACUGGGGGCCCCAAACACCUGCUCAUCCCGAAGGCUACAGGGGUCACUGGCCUCCUCCAUGGACCUGCUCAGCUCCAGGUCUGGUCUUCCAUCAGGCCCGGGUGGCAGCCUAUCAGAGCUCUCUCCUUCAUCUCACCAAGUGUCCAUUCAUGGCACUCUCCCUCGACGAAAGAAAGUGGGACACACCCUGGUCCAGAGCAGUUACACCUGGGACCCCCGUGGCAAACACUACCCCACUCCCCCUCUAAGCCCUGGGCCUGUCCAGCCUCUGCAAUCUCCGCUUGUCCAGAACAUUAAAGAGGACUUCCACGGAUACAGGGACCCCACCGCAGGCCUGGACACAACUGUGGACUAUGUUAAGUUCUCGAGAGACCAGUUCAUUUUGGACUGUCCUCCAGAGAAGCUUCGGCGAGAACUGGAGGAGGAGCUGAAAAUGAACGGAGAUGAGCCCAGGAGCCACGCAUGGUACCACGGAGCCAUACCCAGACAGGUCGCAGAAAACCUGGUCCAGCGAGAUGGAGACUUCCUGGUUCGUGAUUCGCUGUCAAGUCCAGGAAGUUACGUGAUGACCUGCCAAUGGAGAAACGCUGCUCAGCACUUUAAAAUUAAUAAGAAGGUUGUGAUGUUGAAUGAAGCCUAUUCCAGAGUGGAGUAUCGUCUGGAUAAAGAAGGAUUUGACAGCGUCCCUGCGCUUAUCAGAUACUACGUCGGCAACAGAAAACCAGUCGCACAGGUUGUAGGAGCCAUCAUCUUUCAGCCCAUAAACCGAUCGUUACCUCUUCGCUGUUUGGAGGAGAAGUAUGGUCUGUCCAGUCCCCAGAGAGAGGCAAGUCUGUCCGCACAGGAGAAGAGGAACCAAAAACGCCUCAGUCUAAACAUCACCAACGGACACGCCCACGAAAAACACAACCUGCACGAUGUGUCUCCCUGCCAGGACAACGGGCUGACCAGAGGACACCAGCUUAGGUUGAAAGAUCGCUGUGGCAGUCAACCGGCCAGCCUCAAUCAGAUCCUGGAAAGACGACGGCCACUCAAGGCCCACCAGUCAGAAAGCUUCUUACCUCUUGGUUGUAAACCAGCUCUGUCUCCAGACACACAACCCCCCAGUCCAAAGCCCAAGUCCCCAGUGUUUCGAACAGGAAGUGAGCCGGUCCUCAGCCCCUCCUUCCCCCGGAGGACAGGAGAGAUAGGCCAGGCCAUAAGAGGCUCUGACAGUCAGCUGUGUCCCAAACCUCCUCCUAAACCAAGUAAGGUGCUUCUGUCCCGCCUCCCUCGCUCACCUGCACUUCAGCCCUUAGCCCCGCCCACCAGCCAAUCAGAAACCUGCACCACUGUAUCCAGUCGGACUACUGCUUCUUCUGAUUCACUUUGUCUGGACACUCCAAACUCAAUGUGGAGAAGUACGGCUUCUCCAGGAGUAAGACCCCACUACCUCCUCCUCCCUCCAGAUGCCUCAGAGGUUGUCCACCUUCCUGAAUUGGACUCAUGUUUGGGACCAGACCAGAGACAGCCCAGCCCUGCAGAUCUCAGGUCCAACAGCCCGCUCCGAGGUCCAGACACUAAAUCCUACAACGGUUCUAUGGACAACCUAGCUGUCCCCUGCAGUUACGUAGACAGACUGACCAAAAACGGACACACUGAAAUUGAUAAUGACUCAGAAGGACACAGGAGAGGGCUGGAUCGGAGCUCGUACCACAACGCUAUUGCUGCUUUGGAAAACACUAGUGAAGAAGAGGAAGAUAAUCUGGGGAAAGAGGAAGAGGAGUAUGAAAAUGAUAUUGAAUGCAGUUUUCUGAGGCCAGUGAUAGAGAUUGAAUCAGCUUUUAACCCAAGCACAUUUGAUACCCGCCUGCUCCCUGAGGUGAACAAACCCCUGGAGAUGUCUGUGCUGAAGAGAGCCAAAGAGCUGCUGCUGAGUCACGACCACCACAGCAUCGCCCGCCACCUGCUUGUGGCCGACUGCCAGGUUGCGAGGAUACUUGGAGUAACUGCAGAGGUCAAAGGUCGGAUGGGUGUGGCCUCAGGACUGGAGCUAGUCACUCUGCCUCACGGUCAACAACUCAGACUGGACCUGAUGGAGAGGCACCACACGAUGGCGAUCGGAGUGGCGGUAGAUAUUCUGGGGUGCACAGGCAGUGUGGAGGAGCGGGCGUCCACUCUGAACAGGAUUAUUCUAGUGGCUGUGGAGCUGAAGGACACUGUGGGAGACCUGUUUGCCUUCACUGCUUUGAUGAAAGCUCUGGACAUGCCCCAGAUUACUCGGUUAGAAGAAACAUGGACUGUUCUUCGGAGAAACUUCACGCAAACAGCAAUAGGUUACGAGAAAAUCCUCAAACCUUUUUACAAGAACUUAUAUGAAGGCACAGCAACUAUUGGUACUCUGGUCUGUGUUCCUCUCUUGGUGCCCCUGCUCACCCUGAUGGAGCGCCCACCCAUGGGUCCUGAUGGGGCGGAGCUUUGGGAGACCAGUGACCAUGGCUGUGACAUCAUGCUGCGCCACCUGGAGGCAGCUCGAGAAAUGGCGCACAACUCUGAAAGCUAUACCACAAAUGCACACAAGAUCUUGCAAGGUUUUGAGAUUGACAAAGAUCUAUUGGAGGUUUUCAAGACAGACUUUCAGCUUCGCCUGCUAUGGGGAAGCAGAGGAGCAACCGUCAACCAAUCAGAUCGCUACAACAAGUUUAACCUCAUCCUCACCGCGUUGUCACGGAAACUGGAGCCCCCUCCCAAAACACAGACAUUAAUCUGACUUCAUCCAAAUGUGGGCAUACACCACGGCACGAAGUUUAAAAACAUUGAUUAAAUACGCAGUUGUUUUGGGUCCACCGAUUGGAUUUAAGAAGAUUAUAAAACUAAAGACGCAGGUUUGAAUCAUUUAACCUAUUGACCCAAAACCUCCAGGUAACAAAAGCUGAGCCACCUGGCAUGGUUUGGAGAUGAAACAAAAAUGAUUUAAAGGUGCACUAUGUAAUUUUUCUGGCCUGAUUGUCUCCAUUGAGAUCUCAGUGCUUUACCUGGAAUGUUCCACAGUAUGGCAUUUAACUUACCUUUCUAGCAUUUGUUUCAGUAAAAAUGCUCAUAAAUAUAGUAAAAGCAUGCGUUCUUACUGUGAGUGGGGUUGCCUCUCCACAGAUGCAACUUGUAACUUGGUCGAGUGGCACCACUGGUUCGACUACAUGGAGAAAGCUACGUUUAAUGCCAUACUGUGUGAUAUUUUAUUUUACAUUAUGGAUAAAAUGGGCAAUAAAAAUGAGUACACUGUCAAGUUACUAUGCAUCUGUUUGAGGUGGUGGACACUAACCCAGACAGGUUUAAGUUGUGAGUAGCUGUAAUUAUGUCAAUCAUGGAUUCUGCAGCACUUUGUUUUAAGAGCCUGUAUACACAAAUAUUUAUGAUCAUAACAAAUAUGAGUCACUGUUGAACUGUUUAACCAUUUUAUUACAGCAUAACAAAACCCUAGUCUGUUACUUGUAGCUGUGUUUAAACUGGGCCUGUAUCCUGAAGAGCAUGUUACUGAAUUAGCUUUUUGCCCCACUCACUUCUCUCAUGCUGAUGUUCAACCAUGAUAAACAACUGUGUGGGAUUGUUGUUUCCAUAUAGUCCUCAUGCAACAAAAGCUCCUGAUUGGAUAAAGCCAUCUGUUCUUGGUAGUUGCUUCCUUUUUGUUCUCACAAUAUAUCAUUAAAUCAUCUUUUAAUUACAAGCUUUUAAAUUAUACUUUAUGGAAUAAAAGUCAGGUACAAGCCCUUUAAAUUAAAGGUGCACUAUGUAACUUUUCUGGACUUGAACCACUACCUGCUUGUCUCCAUGAAGAUGCUAUGCAUUGUAACAAAUUUAUCUAGCAUGAAGUCAAAUACAAAUGUCUAAAAGUAUGUAAAAAUACCUUUAAUUUCUGACUGUGAAUUCUCUGGCCUUUCCACAGAUCUGCUCUGUAACUUGGUAUCAUGGUGUCACCUGCUUGUCUCCAUGGUGAUACAUAUGUUCAAUGCAAAUUUAACCUUCUACUGCAAACCAAACCAGAAAAAUUACACUGUUCACCUUAAAAUCCCAAAAAUUUCUACACCUGUAAAAUGAAGCCUGAGUGGUCAUGUUGUUCUAAAGUAACAUUAACAUGAUUUAAACUGUGUGUAAAUUAUUUGUAGCAUUAGCAUGUUAAUAAGACUGUACAUAUUUUAUUGUAGCAGACUGUAAAAAUGUGGAUGUAUUUUAAUGUUUAUAUUGUAAGCACCAGUGAAAAGAUUAAUAAAUAUGUUGU